CCCGCUCGGGGCUCCCCUCCCUCCGGCGGCGCGGACCCGCCUCGGGACCCCGCCUUCGUUGUUUCCCUCCGUCGGCGCGGACGCUUCUCGGGGCCCCGCCUUAGUUGUUUCCCUCCAUCGGCGCGGACCAGCCUCGGAGCUGCCGCUCCCCCGAUCUGUCCCCCGGGGCUGUCCCCGGCAGUGCGGACCCUCGCGGGGUUCCCGCUUCCCUCCGGGGGCGCUCCCGCGGCCUCAGCAAUGAGCAGACCUGAGUAGAACUCACCAUGGAGGCGAAGCGCGUGGCCAUCGGCGUGCAGGGGAUGACCUGCAGCUCCUGCGUGCAGAGCAUCGAGCAGCACCUUGGCAGCAUGAAUGGCAUCCACAGCAUUAAAGUCUCUCUGGAGGACAAGAAUGCCGUCGUCAUCUACGACUCCAAGCUGCAAACCCCAGUGACUCUGCAGGAAGCCAUCUGUGACAUGGGAUUUGAUGCUACCCUGGCUGAUUCAACCCCACAACCUGUUCUACCUGACACAAUUUUCCUCACCCUGCCUGCCCAGUCAGCCCUAACGCCCAGGCAGAUCUGUGCCACGCUGCUGAGCAACAAAGGGAUUGUGGAUGUGAAAGUGUCCUCUGACCAAAGAACUGCAGUGGUGACGUUCAUCCCUUCCAUCACCAAUGGCAGGCACAUUACCCAGAUGGUGCCAGGAGCAGAUUUGAGCAUCUCUCUGCCAGAGGUGACACCUGGAACGUGGGAAGAUUCCAGCUGGUCCCAGGCAAGCAGCGCUGUGCUGCGCCUGAAGGUCGAUGGCAUGACCUGUCACUCCUGCACCAGCACCAUCGAGGGGAAGCUUGGCAAACUGCAGGGAGUUCAGAGGAUUAGAGUGUCCCUGGACAAUAAGGAAGCUGUUGUUGUCUACCAGCCUCCUCUAAUCACAGCAGAAGAAAUAAAACAGCAAAUUGAAGCAGCGGGUUUCACAGCAGCCUUCAAAAAGCAGCCUAGACCCCUGAAGCUCAGUGGGAUUGACCUGGAGAGGCUGAGGAAUGCUCAGCCCAAGAGCUCUGAGGCAUCACAGAGAGAAAACCCCAGUGGGACUGGCACAAAGACAGUUGUGUUCAGAGUUGAGGGGAUGCACUGCAAUUCCUGUGUCCUCAACAUCCAGAGCGCCGUGUCGGCGCUGCCGGCGGUGGCGAGCGUUGUGGUUUCUUUAGAGAACAAAUCUGCUGCUAUAAACUACAACCCAAGCUUAAUUAGCAUAGAGAAGCUGAGGAAAGCUGUGGAGAAUGUGUCUCCAGAGAGGUUCAGAGUCAGCCUUCCUGAGGAGCAUGAGAACCUGGCACUUUUCCCCACACUGGCAUCUCCACUGAAAUCUCACCCUGCUUCCAAGGAUCCCAGCCAGCCCCUCACUCAAGUUGUUGUGAUCAAUAUUGAGGGCAUGACUUGCAACUCCUGUGUGCAGUCCAUCGAGGGAGUGCUGUCCCAGAAGGCAGGUGUGAAAUCUGUUCUUGUCUCUCUCCCAAAUGGAACUGGAACUAUAGAAUAUGACCCACUGCAAACAAGCCCAGAAGACUUGAGGUCCUCAAUAGAGGAUAUGGGAUUUGAUGCAUCCUUUCCAGCAAAGGCAGAGCUCCCUGUGGCCAAAGCUCAGCCCUGCCCUGAAGCACAGCUGGACUCUCACAAGCCUGAGCCACCCUCCAAGGUGCCACCAGCCCAGCUGGGCAGGCAGGAGAGCAAGACCAUCUCCAAGUGCUACGUGCAGGUCACAGGAAUGACGUGUGCCUCGUGCGUGGCCAACAUCGAGAGGAAUCUGAGAAGGGAGGACGGAAUCCACUCGAUCCUUGUUGCCCUGAUGGCAGGGAAGGCAGAAGUGAGGUACAACCCUGCUGUCAUUCACCCUGCAGCCAUUGCAGAGCUCAUCCGGGAGCUGGGCUUCGGAGCCACCGUGAUGGAAAGCUGUGGGGAAGGAGAUGGCAUUCUGGAACUUGUUGUGAGAGGGAUGACCUGUGCCUCCUGUGUGCACAAGAUAGAAUCCACCCUCAUGAAGACCAAUGGUGUCUUGUACUGCUCCGUAGCUCUUGCAACCAACAAAGCCCACAUCAAAUAUGACCCAGAGGCCAUUGGUCCUCGAGAUGUCAUACAAGUGAUAAAGGAUUUAGGUUUUACUACUUCCUUAGUCAAAAAGGAUAGAUCUGCCAGUCAUCUGGAUCACAAGCAGGAAAUCAGGCAGUGGAAAAGGUCUUUUGUGGUGAGCCUGGUUUUCUGUAUCCCUGUGAUGGGGCUGAUGAUUUACAUGAUGGUGAUGGACAGCCAGCUCUCGCACGCUCACGCGCAUCACAACGUGAGCAGUGCGGAGAUGGAGGCCCUGCACUCCUCCAUGGUCCUGGAAUACCAGCUCCUACCAGGAUUGUCUGUCAUGAACUUCCUGUCAUUUUUACUCUGUGUCCCUGUACAGGUGUUCGGGGGGUGGCACUUCUACAUCCAGGCCUCCCGAGCACUGAGGCACAACACAGCCAACAUGGACGUGCUCGUGGUGCUGGCAACGUCCAUUGCCUUCCUCUACUCCUUCAUCAUCCUCCUGGUGGCAAUGGCUGAGAGGGCCAGAGUGAACCCUGUGACGUUCUUCGACACGCCGCCGAUGCUGUUCGUGUUCAUCUCGCUGGGCCGCUGGCUGGAGCACGUGGCAAAGGGUAAAACCUCAGAAGCACUGGCAAGACUAAUUUCAUUACAAGCUACUGAAGCUACUAUUGUUACCUUGGGCCCUGAUAACGUUCUUUUAAGUGAGGAGCAAGUGGACGUGGAGCUGGUUCAGCGAGGGGACAUUGUCAAAGUGGUGCCAGGAGGCAAAUUCCCAGUGGAUGGCCGUGUCAUUGAGGGACACUCCAUGGUGGACGAGUCUCUCAUCACAGGUGAGGCCAUGCCUGUGACCAAGAAGCCUGGCAACACAGUCAUUGCAGGCUCCAUCAAUCAGAACGGGUCCCUUCUCAUCUCGGCCACGCAUGUGGGAGCUGACACCACUCUGUCCCAGAUUGUUAAACUGGUGGAGGAGGCCCAGACCUCUAAGGCUCCCAUCCAGCAAUUUGCAGACAAACUUAGUGGCUACUUCGUUCCUUUUAUUGUGGCUGUCUCUGUGGUUACCCUUUUUGCCUGGAUUAUAAUUGGGUUUGUGGAUUUUGAAAUAGUGGAAAAAUACUUUCUGGGCUACAACAAGAGCAUUUCAGCAGCAGAGGUGAUCAUCCGCUUCGCCUUCCAGGCCUCCAUCACGGUGCUGUGCAUCGCCUGUCCCUGCUCCCUGGGCCUGGCCACCCCCACCGCCGUCAUGGUGGGCACCGGCGUGGGCGCCCAGAACGGCAUCCUCAUCAAGGGCGGGGAGCCCCUGGAGAUGGCACACAAGGUGAAGGUGGUGGUGUUUGACAAAACAGGGACCAUCACCCACGGCACUCCAGAGGUGAUGCAGGUGAAGUUCCUGGUGGAGGGGAACCUCCUCCCUCGUCACAAAAUGCUGGCGAUCGUGGGGACAGCGGAGAGCAGCAGCGAGCACCCCCUGGGAGCAGCCAUCACAAAGUACUGCAAGAAGGAGCUGAACUCAGAAACUCUUGGGACAUGUACAGAUUUUCAGGUAGUUCCUGGCUGUGGCAUUAGUUGCAAAGUCACCAAUAUUGAAGCAUUGCUCUACAGGAAAAACAGAAUGGUUGAAGAAAACAAUGUUAAAAAUGUGACACUUGUGAAAAUUGAGGAGAAUGCAGACGAAUCAGUGCAGCCUGCUUUGAUCAUUGAUGCUGAACUGCCAAUGCUGUUCCAGUGCAUACUGGAGAGCCUGGCUGGGAUGAGCUGCAGGGAGGCUCCCUGGUUAUCCACAUUGUGUUUUCUUCCUUCAGCUACUGUGACCUCUCAGAAAUACUCAGUUCUCAUCGGGAACAGGGAAUGGAUGACAAGGAAUGGCCUGGUGGUGAGAAAUGAGGUGGACAAAGCCAUGAUGGAACAUGAGCGGAGAGGCCGCACGGCUGUCCUGGCAGCUGUGGAUGGAGUGCUCUGUGGCUUGAUAGCUAUUGCAGAUACUGUGAAGCCAGAGGCUGAGCUGGCAGUGUACACUUUGAAGAGCAUGGGGUUAGAAGUUGUCCUCAUGACUGGUGACAACAGCAAAACAGCCCGGUCCAUCGCCUCCCAGGUUGGCAUCACCAAAGUGUUUGCAGAGGUCCUCCCCUCGCACAAAGUGGCCAAAGUGAAGCAGCUCCAGGACGAGGGGAAGCGUGUGGCCAUGGUUGGAGAUGGGAUCAAUGAUUCCCCAGCCCUGGCCAUGGCCAGCGUGGGGAUUGCCAUUGGCACGGGCACGGAUGUGGCCAUCGAGGCAGCUGAUGUGGUUCUCAUCAGGGAUGACCUGAUGGAUGUGGUAGCAAGCAUAGAUUUGUCCAGAAAAACUGUGAAGAGGAUCCGGAUCAACUUUGUCUUUGCUCUAAUUUAUAAUCUCAUUGGAGUUCCCAUAGCUGCAGGUGUCUUCCUGCCCAUUGGUUUGGUUCUGCAGCCCUGGAUGGGAUCUGCAGCCAUGGCUGCCUCCUCAGUCUCUGUUGUGCUUUCUUCUUUGCUCUUAAAGAUGUACCAGAAGCCGAGUUCUGAGAAGCUGGAGUUCCGUGCCCGUGGCCAGCUGAGGCACAAGAGCCCGUCGGAGAUCAGUGUCCACGUGGGGCUGGAUGAGAGCGGGGCUGGCUCCCCCAAGCUGAGCCUGAUGGAUCGAAUCAUCACCUACAGCAGAGCCUCCAUCAACUCCCUGCUCUCAGACAAGCGCUCCGUGAACAGCAUCGUGCUCAGUGAGCCAGACAAGCACUCACUGCUGGUGGGGGGCUUUGGGGAAGAUGAUGACACAGCCUUAUGAAAGACUUACUUCUCCCACCCCACUAAGGCAAAACAAAAAUAUCCUGAAGCAAAAAAGGCAACCAAAACAGCUGUCGUGAGGUCUGUGCAUGUCCUGAUCCUUGUGGAGGUCUUCUGGAUGCAUUUCUUCUUCAGUGUAGAGGUAGUUUUUGCAGUGACUUUCCAGGGUCUCUUGUGGUUUUUAAUCUAGACUUACCAAAAAUAUCUGGUGCAGGGCUGUUGAUGCUCACAAACAGGGCUGUGUUCCCAUUCCAUGGAGCUUGCAGUAUAGCAUUUAUUUUGGCAAAUUGUCAAAAUACAAUUAAGGAAACUAAGGAAGCAGAAACUGAUUUCCCAGCCUUAUACCAGGCUCUUAUAGUGGAGUUUGGUACUGUGUUAAAAAAUUGUGGCUUUGCAUCUGCAAAAUCCUGAAGGUUCUGUUUGCAGAGAGAUGUGCCUUACUUCAGGACCCUCUCACUCCCACAGCCUGCCUUCUGCCAGAAAUGGGUCCUCUCAAAUGCCUUUUCUUGUUGUCAACAUCUGGUUCCAGCUUUUCACACUCCAGGCUUCAGAUCAUCUCCACGGGAUCCAGAUUCCUGCGUGGCAGCAGACAGGGAGGUUUGGGGCCAUACCCACACUGAGCUCUGCACAUCCUGCCCGGAGACUGUCUGCCUUCAUGGAGGUUGUCUGGGUUGGGAGGUUUGCUCAUUCCCAACCUCUCCUAAGCCAAAAACUCCUGCAACACCUGAAUGCAAUAUCAGUGUGAGGUGGUUUUAGCCAAAGUGUCCAGCUUUAGGAAGGAGCAGUGCUCACCACCAGGAUCUGCUUGCACUACUCCAAUGAACCAGGGGAGUUUGUCACAGACUGCCUGUGAAGUCUUUACAGUUCAGGCUUUGCUUGUGAAGUGUCUGUAUUCUAGGAAUGGCCCAGCAUUGGUUGAUUCAAACCCCCUCUGCUUGUUGUGUGCAGAUCCAGGCAUCAUGAAUUCAGACAGUUGUCAUUUGUUGUUGAACUGCAAUGUCAAAAUGCAGCUCUUGAUCAUGACAUCAUUAAUAUCAAAAAUAUCCUCAGUGAGAAAGAGAUGCUCAUCAGCAAUAGCUGGUUACCUGUUUGUUACUCACUGAGCCUUGCUCUCCCCAUCCCCUGCUGAGGCAGUUGUUGGUAGGAAUUGUUGGGUUCAAUAAUGUUGAAUUUCAUUAUAAAGUGCAGUCCACGAUGUAAACGUGUACCAGUUGUGCUUGUAGAGGAGAAAUACUCAGUUUGGUGAAGACAAAGAGAUUCUCUUCAAUGUUCUGCUUUUUAACUCAAAGCCUGAUGUCAGGGCAUAGAUUGUGUAUGUAAAAAGUCCUGAGUAAACAGCUCUUGCAUUUUAUCUGAGAACCACCAGAAAAAUCCCGUUGUGUGAGAGCAGAAGAGCUGUGCUGGGGGAUGUGUUGUUAGGAAAUCAGGGUGCCUGUAUUGCAGUGAGGGGAGCAGUAUCAUGUGCUGCUGCUUCAGGAAACAAAAUAGUUCUGGAGCAGGAUUUGGCUUCUUAAUAUCUCUACAUGAAUAUAGAGUAUUUUUAUAAACUAGAUUACACCUGUGUGUGAUAUGUGGUGUUGUUACAUGCUGAGAUCUCUCACUGCACAGCCAUUCCAUGAGGUUUUGUUCUCAGUUUGCAGCAGCAGAGCUGUUCUUACAAAGCAGAUUGUUACCCAGAGCUGUUUGAUCUGAGGAUGGAUUUUAGUGCUUCACAAUCAUGCAAAGGUUUCAGCUGUCUUGUUUAUCCACCCUCCUUCUCUGUGUUCCUGGCAUGGUUGUGCAGGUGUAAGGGAGGUAUUUACAUAUUUCUGUCAGUGCUGUGGGUGGUCUCAGCCACUCCUUCAGGUGGGAGUUUCAGUGCUGGCUGGGGAGUGGAUGGCUUGGAAAUGCCACAUCACCCUCCCACUGCAGGAGACAGGGAGGUAAUUCAGGGUUGAAUUCCUGGUUAGUAAAUAAAGCAGCAUUAAGAACUUGUUCAACAAUUUCCAGAUAUAUUUUUAGAGCACUUUGUCUUCAACCUUUUGUUGUCCAAAUGCUGUGUAGGUUGAAUGUUUACAGCUUUACCUCCAACUUUUUCCCAACGCAGGUGUUUUUUCUAGGCUUUAUAAUUUUCUGUGAAACUCUGUGUUUGAUCCAGGUACAGCAAAAUAAGGCUCUUUCUCCAAACCAGGAUACUUAAAGAGGUGCAGGAUGAUUAUCAGGGAGUAAGGAACAGCAGCUGCUGGCUGGGAGGGAUGUGGGAGCAGCUUGUAGGGACAGCCAGAGGAUCAGACUCUGGGGAGAGGAAAUAACUGAGCCCAAGGCGGGGUGGGGGCAAGGUGGUUGUGAUAAACUCAGAUUUUUUGAAAGCAGGUUCUGUGUCCAGCACUCCCCAAGGGUGAGGUGAUGACUUCUGGGAUGUUUAUCUUGUGAUUAAAAUAUUACAAAAGGUGCUUUGCUUUGAAGAACCAAAAUCCCUUUCCGUUUGAAUGUACAGCGCAAGUGGAAUCGUGUGGGAGCUCAGUGUUUUCCCAAAUGUAAACGUUUUAAUAUGUAAAUAGGUUGCUUCUGUUGGAGACAGUUUGGAUUCAGAAAUUUGAACUAUCACUUGGAAACACUCAGUUACAAACAAUAUUGUAUUAGUCCUUUGUCUAUUUUAUUGUUUUCUGUGUCUAGCUAUUUAUACACCUGUGCUCUAUUUAAUAAAAAAGUACAUAUG